UUCGCGUCCACAAAGUCGCGGCACGAGUGCAAGCCAGCUCAUAACCACAAGCUCUUUCUAUCUCAAGUCUCUAUCUCACAUCUCUCAACCACUUCUUAUGUCCGUGCUUGGCCUUCUCCUGCGACCUUCUUCUCUCCCUCAUUGUUUACGCGUACCCAUCACACCGCUCACUGCGCGCUCUUUCUCUAUCUUCCGCAAUCAUGCAGCGCACGAGUGUGGGACCAUUGCACCCACGCAGCAGAAUGAACUAUACGACCACUUUAACUACACUUCCGGAAGAUGGCUAUGGGGGGAAGAGGAACAAUUGCGCGAACGCUAUCGCGCGUUCAAUGUUGCCGAACUUCAGAAGGUUGCCGUGGAUACCGCAGGGUCCCAGAAGUGCGUAUCUAUGAACAAGAUAGGCGAAGGAAAUUUCAACAAAGUCUUCCGGCUCCAGAUGGAUGAUGGUUCGGUCGUGAUGGCUCGCAUCCCUCAUCCCAACUCAGGCCCUCCAAAGCACACGACCGCUUCAGAGGUUGCUACGAUAGACUUUGCACAUUCGAUUCUUGACAUACCUGUACCAAAGGUUCUGGCUUACUGUGCUACCGCCGAUAACCCAGUUCAAUCAGAAUACAUCAUCAUGGAGGAAGCCCGAGGCACGCAACUAUCAGAGGUUUGGGAUACAAUGGAUCUGAAAGAUCAAUUGGCAAUUAUAACUGAGCUUGUUACCAUUGACCAGAAGUUUCUCUCCACACCAUUAAACAGAAAUGGUGCGCUCUAUUACAAGAAGGACAGCUUUCCCGGGUGCUUGAGGAAAGACGUAGCAGAAAGGUUCGUUAUUGGUCCCACAGUCGAGAGGGAGUUCUGGGAGAAACAGAGGGCAAACAUGGCUAUUGAUCGCGGACCAUGGACUAGUGCGCACGAAUACGUGGAAGCGAUCGGGCACUGCGAGAUCGCUUGGCUACGUCGCUACGCUGAAGCAAUACCGCUAACCAUGGAGCGAUGGGGCGCCUCCAAAGGCCAGAGCAGCCCGCAAGCCCACAUUGACCUGCUUGAAAAAUAUCUCAGUGUUAUUGCUCAAUUACUCCCAAAACAACCUGAACUACUAACACCAAUGCUAUGGCAUCGCGAUCUUCACGCUGGUAACCUGUUCAUUCAUGAGGGGAAAAUUUCCAGCGUCAUUGACUGGCAGUCUUGCUGGGUGGGGCCUCUCAUUCUUCGGGCCAGAGCACCACGGCUUCUCGACUAUAACGGCGAAAUCAUGCUGAAACUACCACCGGACUAUGAAGAGAUGCCGGAAGAUGAGCGACGCUUGAUGGAGUGUAAAGUGCAGCAGUCAAUCCAGGUUUACAGUUACGAACAUAACACUGCCGGCCGAAACCCUCUCUUUGAUAGGGUGCUAAGAUACCCUCAAGGGAAAAUGUUAAGUAACCUUGUGGGUUUUGCCUCCACUUCUUGGAACGGAGACAUCCUGCCUCUUCGCGACUGCUUGAUUCGAAUUGAGAGAGAUUGGAAAGACUACGCUGACUCGAAGACCUCUUGCCCAUACCAUUUCUCUGUUGAAGAGGUUCUUGAAAGCCACCAAGAUGCGGGUAGCUAUAACGAUGCGAGGGACUUUUGGGAUGAAUUGAAAGGCAGAGUAGACGAUACCGGCUAUACCACCCAUGAGUUCUUUGACGAAGCCGUGGCUCUCUUCUCCAGCCUACGAGAAAACGGUCUGAAGACGUUGGAAGGCCAAGAGCUCAAAGAUUUUGAGGAGCAGACGCGGUGGGUGCUUGAUCAUGUGAAGAAUGAUAGCAGCAACCUGCCAGCCGCCUAACAUUGUUCAUCGAAGACAAUCUUCGCGUGAUAGCUUUGAUUGCCCAUUCUUCCAGCCAACGAUUAAUGAGAUAAGUCAACAGUGUGUCAUGUUUUGGCAACUUUGGGGGGAGUGUUAUCUGUAUCAUCGUGUUGUUCUGCCUCCUAACCCGGAAACCGAGAGUGAGAUCAGGAGUAAUGUAGAGGCUAAGCAGCGGAUCCAGGAAACGUCGGAGGAGUGUACGACCAAAAAAGCUGCCAUGGAACGGGAGCAGGGGCAACUCUUGCAAACUUGGGCUCAAAUC